AUGCUACACAUUGCUCUACUUAUUCUUUUACGAUAUGUUGAAGAGACAACUUCGAGUAUCUGCCAAUCACCUCCAUCCGCUGAUCACCCAAAUAUUAUCGUUUUAAUGGUCGACGAUUUGGGUUAUGGAGACAUUCAAUCGUACGGUCAUCCGACCCAAGAAAAGAAUGAAUUGGAUCGAAUGAUUGCAGAGGGAACCAGAUUCACACAAGCUUAUUCAGCUGACAGUAUGUGCAGUCCGAGUCGAGCUGGCUUUAUCACAGGUCGAUUACCGAUUCGACUGGGUGUGACAGGCGGAGCUCGCGUUUUUAUCCCGCAAGACGUCGGCGGUUUGCCGAAACACGAGAAAACGAUGGCCGAAAUGCUCAAAGAUGCCGGCUAUGCAACGGGUAUGAUUGGUAAAUGGCAUUUGGGCAUUAAUGCGCAUAAUUCCACCGAUGGAUCGCAUUUGCCGUCGAGGAGGGGAUUUGAUUGGGUUGGGCUGAAUAUGCCAUUCACGAACACGUGGGAAUGUGACACUUCACAGAAGUUCUCCUUUUAUGGUCCAAACUCGACUUUGUGCUUUUUGUAUGAGGGAGAUGAAAUCGUGCAACAGCCUGUCGAUUUCACGCAUAUUACGGACAACUUGGUGCACGAUUGGAAGCGCUUUUUAAGGCUGAGGAUGCUGAAGGAUCAACAAGAAAAACCAUUUUUCUUCUACUUCUCCUUCCCACACGUGCACUCGGCGCAAUUCGCGAAUGCACGAUUUUUAGGAUCAUCGGUUCGAGGACUUUACGGAGACAAUAUCAAUGAAAUGUCUUGGGCGGUCGGGCAAGUGCUUGAUUCGUUGGUGGAAUAUGGGAUCGCGAGAGAGACAUUAGUGAUUUUGAUGAGCGAUCACGGACCGCAUCAAGAAUUAUGUUUAAAUGGGGGAUCGACCGCUGGAUUGAAAGGCGGGAAAUCGAACAGUUUUGAGGGCGGCUUUCGGAUUCCGUUUGUGGCCUGGCAACCGGGAAGUGUGCCGGCUGGUCGAGUGAGUCAUGAAGUGGUCAGCAGCAUGGAUUUAUAUCCAACAUUCCGAAAAAUGAGCAUGUGCGAAUAUGAGCCUCCACAGCUGCCCAAUGACGGAACAGAUAUUUGGGACGAGUUGCGCGGGAUCAGCACCGAGAAACAAGGAUGGUUGGGCGCAAAACGACCGAUCUACUUCUACUGUAACACGCAUUUGAUGGCGAUUCGCCUCGGAAACUAUAAAGUUCACUACAAAACCUCUCCGAUUUUCCUCAACAGCACCAGUGAUCCGAAUUUGGCCUAUUGGUGUCCCGGCGGAAAACCCAUCGAUGAUUGGUACGUCUCUCAAAAGUGCCCAUCCGAGCACUUGACCACUCACAAUCCGCCAUUGAUCUACGAUUUGAAACAGGAUCCGUAUGAGCUUUAUCCACUUGAAGACAAUGAAUUCUCCGAAGAGAUUCGACGAGACGCCUUGAGCUUUUUAAAGCGACACCGAGAAUCCCUGGUGAAAGUACCGCAACAACUUGGCAACUUUUCGCACUCAGUACUUCCCUGCUGUGACCCUCCAUUGUGUCAAUGUGAUAAGAUCAAAAAUCGGCACACUGAGAGCCAUAAAGAACUCAGCCUCCAGCCACAACUUUUUGUCCCACUCAAAAAGGAAUUGAUCAACGAGAUUUUAUUAGAUAAUAAUCUG